AUGUCAAACGAUUCAAACUUGGUUCAAAUUAGACCACUUGGAGAUACCAAAUUAUUCCAACCCAUCAAAGUUGGUGCCAAUACUUUAUCACAACGUAUUGCCUUUGCUCCAUCUACAAGACAAAGAGGCACUGUCGACUACUACCCAACUGACUUGCAGUUGCCUUACUAUAAAGCAAGAGGUCAGUAUCCUGGUACUUUAGUAAUCACGGAAGCCACAUAUGUGUCGCCAGGAGGUGCUGGAAGAGCCAAUGUACCCGGUAUUUGGAAUAACAAACAAGCUGCUGGUUGGAAAAAGAUCACUGAUGCUGUGAGACUGGAAGGUUCGUUCUCAAGUGUUCAGUUGUGGCAUUUGGGAAGAACAGCUGAUCCGGAACAGUUGAAACAUGAUGGUCAACCUUUCCUUGCACCUUCACCAAUUUACUUGAGUAAAGAGCUGGAAGAACAUGCCAAGAAAGUUGGUAACGAAUUGCGAGCAGCUACAAAGGAAGAGCUUGAAGACUUGAUCAAUAAUGUGUACCCUAACGGUGCCAGAAAGGCAUUGGAAGCAGGGUUCGAUUAUGUCGAAUUGCACUCAGCACAUGGUUACUUUUUGGAUCAGUUUUUGAAUGAAGAGACUAAUCAUCGUACUGAUGAAUAUGGAGGAUCGGUUGAGAACCGUGCAAGGCUAUUAUUGGCAAUUAUCGACAAGUUGAUCCCUAUUGUUGGUGCCAACAGAUUGGCAGUCCGGUUAUCUCCUUGGGCCACUUUCCAAGUGAGUCAACCAGAGGGUGAGGAAGUCCAUAGAUACAUCUUUGAACAAUUGCAAAAACGUGCUGAUGCCGGUCACGAAUUAGCCUACAUCUCCCUUGUGGAGCCUAGAGUGUCUGCUGGUUUCGAUGUUUCAGAAGAAGAUCAACGCGGUAGAAGCAAUGCAUUUGCCGAAAAGAUCUGGAAGGGUAAAUUCGUCAAAGCUGGUAAUUACACUUAUGAUGCACCUAAGUUUGAAACUUUAUUGCAUGAUUUGGAAAAUGACCGCACUUUGAUUGCAUUCUCUAGGUUUUUCACUUCGAAUCCUGAUUUGGUAUAUCGUUUGAAGAAUGGAUUGCCUUUGCAACAUUACGACCGACCUACUUUCUACACUCAUGAUAACUAUGGUUAUAAUACUUGGAACCAACAUGAUGGAAAUCAACAGUUUGAUAAAGAAGCCGAGCAAAAGAGAGUCGGUAAGGUGUUGGCUUGA